CUUAUCAUAACCGUGGAGAGGAAGGCGACCAAACAAAAGCACAGCGGCUGAGUAGCACACCGAUUUCUGCAAGUGCAGUCUGUAUGCAGAGGAUUUCUUUGUGGAUGCGCCAUAGCAACGGAGCUGCAAAUCCGUGUUGCAAAUUAUUGGCUGAAACUGAAUUCACGCCACGCAGAAGCACGAGUGAAAGGUGGACUACAGCGCACGACUGGGGGAAUUCUCCUGUUAGGAUCGUGACCGAUUUGUGACGCUUGGCUCCGAGGUGAUUAAGCUCACGUUGAUAGACGCUGUGAUCGGUCCUGGGGGAUGACGCUGGUUGACGGAUGGAAGGACCGAGCGAUUGCAUGCUGGAGACAACAUGAGCGUGAUCCUUUUGUGUGUGUUUGCCAUGCAUGAUCGGCGGCGGCUAAAUGAGGGAGAGGACGACGAAAAGAACCCUUUCAUUUACCUCUUGGCUUGCCUUAAAAUUUCCCUUCUACUACACUCCGUUCACAUCCCCUCCCCUUUCUCUUUCUCGCUUUCGCUCUCUCUCACUCCCUCCCACAGUUUCUCUCCUCCCUUCACUCAUCAAAGCCAGUAGCCUAGUAUUCUCUCUACAGCUGCUUCCUCUAUGGUCUCUUGGAAAAACAGCCUGCACAUCUUUUACUUGCUUCUCAAGGCAAGACCUUUUUUAACGUUUCGUCGCCAGGAGAGCAGGAUGCUUCCAUGCAGGCUUUGAUUUCUUUCUCUCCUUGUGCUUUCCCCUUCCCCUUCCCUCUCCUAAAUUCCUGCCCUUUGACCCUGACCCUCCCCUUUCCCCUCAACUGCCCCUUACCCUCUAUUCCCUUCUCUAUCUUCACACCCACUUGACCAUGUUGCCAUGUGUCUGCCGGGUCCAUCCUCUCCUUGCCUUUAUCUCAUUUGCCUUGCUGACACGAGGGGAAACCUGUCCAGCCACCUGCAAGUGCCCGGACCCUCACACGGUAGAUUGUAGCGGACGAGGACUCACUCGCCUCCCAGAUGAGAUCCCGCUGGACGUGCGCAGAUUGCUGCUGUCCAACAACUGGAUCCCGCGCAUACCUGCUGACUUUCUCGUGCUCUACAGUGACUUGGUGUAUCUGGAUCUCCGGAACAAUUCUCUCUCGCACAUUGAACCAGGAACCUUGAGCACCUCUUCCAGGCUAGUUUUCUUGGACUUGGGCAGCAACAACCUGACUGAGAUCCCGAAAGGAACAUUUGGCGAGUCGCGCAGCCUCAUCAAGUUGCGUUUGGGCAACAACCCUCAUCUGAGCAUGGUCAAUGAGGACGCCUUCAGGGGCUUGACCUCGCUACGAGAACUUGAAUUGGAGCGCAAUGCCCUUUCCAGUCUCCAGGUUGGUGCACUGAGCCAGCUGCCUUCUCUGCGGGUCGUCAGGUUAGAGGGCAACCCUUGGGUGUGCAAUUGCAACUUUGCCAACCUUUUCGCUUGGUUAGUUGAGAACAGCCACAAGCUUCCAAACGGUAUAGACAGUAUGGAGUGCUCUUUGCCCACUGAUGGCCGCCGUGUGCCUCUCAGCCAGCUCUCCCAGGACAGUUUCCGGGAGUGUCAGAUCACCCUGACCCUCACUGACUUCCUCAUCAUCAUCUUCUCGGGCAUCUCCGUGUCCGUGGCGGCCAUCAUGGCCAGCUUCUUCCUGGCUUCCACCGUGCACUGCUUCCAGCGCUGGAGUAAAGGUACCAAAGGCGAGGAUGAAGAGAGCGAAGAAUGAGAACGAGGAUGCGUCGGACUGUGUGAACAAUCAGACACCAGCUACAUGAACGAGCAAAGCGGAAGGAGAAGAACAACACGGCACACCUGUACUACAAAAAUGGCUGAUUAUCCCCAGUGCAUAUCAUGGGUAACAUGGAAAGUAGCCAUAGUAUUUCAAUUUUGUGGUUAAAUUGUUACAUUUUGGUGUAAUGGAUUACAAUCAGUAUCAUACUAUAAUAAGAUAAUAUUAAUAAUCUUAAAGAAAAAAAUAGACUUGCUGCUAUUUUAUCGUGCCAAAUUAGUGCGGAUAAGAUGGAAAAACCUGAUUAAGAAUGUUUUAACAGAAAUGGCCUGAGUACAGGAAAAGUUGCAGGUGGAAUAAUAUCAAUUAUGUCAAAUUCUACAGUCGAAGGAAGGAAGGAAGCCAUUCGGUAGUUUCCUAUUUUGUUCACAGCUCUAAAAUAAACAACAAAAAGCAUAAAAAAAUUUUUAAAAAAAAUGUCAGAUAUCUAGUUAAGGAAUGAAUAGCUCAAAUCUUAAAUGCACUUUAAAAAUAAAUUUCCUCCUACAUCCUGCUGGCCCUCAGUCUUACCUAAUGGACCUGCCCAGAUCUGCCAAAGAUGAUACUAUGACUGAAAAUAAGAGUUUUAAAUGGUUUAAGAAGCUGGAGAUGUGUUAAAAAUAUAUAUAUAUAUAUAGAUUUAUUUUUGCUUUCAGACACGUGUGAAUACGUAUAAUCAAAUGACAUAUCUAAAUGUAUUGGCGAUAUUGCUUAUUUAACUUCAGUGUCAUGCUUCCAGAUAUUCACUUAGUCACGGAGGCAAGGGAAGAAGGAAAUAUGCUUCUUUCAUGCUGUGAUAUGUCAUUGCUUACAUCUUAUUCAAAACGAACAAACAAACAAAAAAGAAAAUAGAAAAGAAAGAAAUAUUGGUAUAUUUGUUGAUUGUUGUCCUGUGUAAACUGGAACACCAUUCAGAGGCUCAUUAGAAAGUCAUGUAUAUUAAAAGUCACAUCAUAAACAAAAACCCUCAGUUUAGCAACCUAGCUCUAUAAAUUAGCCAAAAAAGCCAUAUAUCAGAAAAUUGUGUGAAAUAUUUUGACAAAGAAACCUCGAGCCAUAUCCGAGAAAUAUUGAAUUAAUAUUUAAACAAAGCUAACGUGGUGUUUUUAACAGAAACAGUAGAAAAUGAAACUUAAAGAUCGCUAACUAGGCUUUUGUUUUCUGAAAUCGCAUCCCAAGUUUUGGUCCACUUUUUCUCUGGACAUGGCUGUCGAGAUCCUGGACUUGAGAUUUUUCUAGUUUGCUAGUUAAAGAUUCUUAGCUAAAUAACUGCAGGGUUCUACAUUAAACAUUUAAAAUUUCUGAUAAAGAGAUGAACAGAAUUACCCUGAAAGAUGCAAUGCAUUCUCCAAAAAGGAUAGUUAGGGGUUCUUUGCUUUCUACAUGUUCUACGGGGUUCUAGAAAUUUCAUUAAACAACUGCCCCAAACAUAAACAGGUUCUAGAUUGACUUCUUUUCCUUAAUGUACACAGAAUUAGCACUGAAAAUGAACUGAUUCCUGAAGAAAUAUACAAUCAGAAAUAAAAGAAAUAAAACGUUCUCUUUUUUAUGCAGAAUCUAGAACCCUUUAUCCAUCCACAGAAACCGUAACCCUGAGCCAUUUUUCAGAAACUAAUAUUUCGCUCCAUUUGUCUUCUUGUGUUUCAUGUUAUUCUGUCGACUCCAGAAUUAUUGGCACCCUUAAGGAGAAUUUAUUCCACUAUAAAAUGAUAGAGGGGAUUAAAAAAUCAAUAAAUAAUAAAAAAUAAACUCCUCCUCACUAUCCAUCAGCUUGGGGAAGAUCAAAGGACUUUAAUCACACAAAAUUGCAUAUUGAUCAUAUUGUAUGCAAAAAUAGAAGGGUUAAGAUGUUAAGUCUUUAAAAAAAAUCAAUUAUUUUUGAAAAAUGUGUAUUUUUUUUAAAGGGCAGUAAGCAACAACAAAAUAAUUCGAUCAAUAUUUGCGUGAUGACUUUCUGCCCUUUCAAACUCCAUUCAUUUCCACAGGUUCACUGUUCAUGGUGCAGGUUUAUAAAGAUCGCUUGAUUAUUUCUGCAUCUUGGUGAACUUCUACAGCUCUUCUGCGCACAUGCUUCUGUAUGUGCAGGUAAAAAAUCCCAGAACAGCCUCCACAAUGUUGAGAUCAGGGCUCUGUGGGGGCCAAAAACCAUCUGCUUCAGAGCGCCGUGUUCUUCUGUUUCGUUGAAGCACUUGUAUAAUAACAGAAUAAAUUUCUGCUCUUUUCUUUUCUAAUGCAGGUGGCACAACAUAAAGAAACAGAAGAUGAAAAGUAUAUAUAUGUGUUUUAAAAAAUAUCGAACAGUGUGUUCGGCAUAAUUUAUUCUUAUAUAUUUCCCCCGGAGAAGCAAACUUUUUUUCUUUUCUCCUUUCGAAGCGACUCAAAAUGAUCGACCCAUUUCUAAGCGCUCACAAAAACCAAGCCAUUGGAUUUGAACAAGCGGCGGUGAUUGCACCAUAUCACACUGAAUGGCGUCUAAAAACUCCCUAUUUGUUUGGGCCAGUAAUCAAAAGUUCCAUCAUUUUCCAUUUCCAGAGUUAGACUGAGUUAAGGUUUUCAUGAUGAGUAAUACACCCUGUAUGCCCUAAUAUUGCUGAUUGGUUCUACUCAAUAUAUCUACCAAUACUCCGUGUAUAUGUAUUAGCAUAUAAAUUGUGGACUGAUCAUUUUAAAUAUCCACUAAUCUUUCACGUUGUUUAAAAGAACGUUUGUGCAAAAUCGUCGUAUAAGCUGCGAGAGAAGGUUCAGAGACGGGUUAACGCUGGAGAUGGCGCGAUAAAUGGAAGAGUGUGCAGAUGAAACAAAAAAAACGAUUUCCGAACCAAAAAUUCUUCUGUAGCAUUGCUCUGUUUGUUUAUUAAUUCAUUGAUUUAUUUUAAUGCUUUCUAUGCAGCAUGUUAUGAAGACUGAAUUUGCAUGUAAAAAUUAAAGCACACUUUAUUUUACAGUAUAGAUAACACUUACACAGUGCAUAGGUAUUUUUUCUUUAGUUGGUUUUAUUUGGCCAAUUUUAAUCCUAUCUUCUUACUUGGAAAAAAAAAAAUAUGGGGAACCUCUAUUUAAAAACACCAAAGUUUAUAUUUGGUGCUAGAGUUAGUAGUUAGUCUUAUACCACAGCUCUGUCGAAUCCUCAAUUCAGUAGACGUUGAUUAAUUUUCUGUAGCUGCAGCUUUGGUUGUAAAAAUCAAACCUUAGGUUUAUUUAUAAUGCGUUCCUAUAAAUAUUAUGAUUUCUUCACCUUCACGUUCUGCAGACGUGUGUCAAAAAAACCACUGUGUUAGCAAUGAUUUGGUGAAACUUUCUGCUAUCUGUAGAGACAUUUUUGGUCUCUGUUUCAGGAAAGAUGAGUUUGCACUUUCUCUUGACAAAAAAAGAGAGAGGCUGCUAAAGGAAAAUUGUUUUUAUAGCAGUUCUAACAAAUGAAUAGAAAAGUAGAAACACAAUAUAAAGUAUUAAGUGAUAACUGGAAUUACAAGACAUUGCAUCAGCAAAUUCCUGGGUUUUAAGAGGAAGAAAAUGUACAACCAUUGAUCAUUUUCCAAUAACAGCAUGCCCCCCGUAUGUACUAAUAAGUGGACACACAUGGAUGUCUUUAUUUCAGAUUACUUUCAAAUCAAUUAUUCAAAGAAUGUACUUGAAAUGAUUUGUGAUUAGAACAUAAUUAGCUAUUAAUUAUUAAAGAAACAGCUUCUACUGUAAAAUAAAGUGUGACUGAAAACUGUUUCGUCUGGGUUUAAGUUCUGUAGAUUUGGGCAUUUCUAGAAAAAUAUGGACAUCGACAUAUCUUAUAACCCGUCUCUGAAUAUUAAAGAGAUGCAGGAUGCUGUGUUUUAUUGUCAUAUGUGUCUUGUACCAUGCUACUGCUGUUACACUGUAAAGAGUGUAAAGUAAUGUGUGUGUAACACUUAUGAUAACAUGGAGUUAAUAAUGUUUGUCCUGAGUCUUGAACACCAUGUAUACCAGUAGAUAUCCAACUACUAUGUAGUUACAUUAAAAUGUGAAGAAAAAACAAA